GCGUUUGAAGUGUGAAGCAAUUGUCAAUAAACAUAACCUCUCAAUCGGCUGUACGUGUUAAUCUUUUAAAUCUUUAAAAUAAUGAUUAUGGAAACUUAAUUAUCCACUUUAGACAACGUUAGCUAAUUAUUAUGUCUAAAACUCUCAAGCAUCUAGCAAGUAGAGCUAACUUUAGUUUAGUCGGUAAGCGAUAUCUGCAUGGCCCCAAAAGAAAAUAUCCCGUCAACAAAGACCAGGCAAAGAAACUUCCUGUUUUCCAAUACACAGUCAGUAAGCCCAAUUACAGAAGAGUAUUUGCCUGGGGUAACCUACAUACAGGUGGCUUAGGUCUACCUUAUUACAAAAACGACCAAAAUUUAGAGUUCACACAGUUUAUAAAGUUUCCAAGACGUGUAACCUUUGGUGAAAAACAUGAAGUCACCUCUGCAGCAUGUGGGUUUGGUUUCACUUUAUUUGCUGUGAACAGUGAAGAUGAAAAUAAAGUAUAUGGAUGCGGGAUAAAUACAGACUCGCAAAUAGGCUACCAUGAAGUGCGACAGGGCCAUCCUUUGGAAAUCCUUUAUGACCCAAGGGCGAUAAAUUUACCUUUCCAAAAUCCUACAAAAUCCAAGGUGCUCAAAAUAUCAGCUGGAAGAGCACAUUCAGUCAUUCUAACAGAUGAAGGCAUUUUUACAUUAGGAAACAAUGCUUAUGGUCAGUGUGGCAGGAAACUAAUACCUGAUGAAAACUAUGCUAUCAGUAACUAUAUCCACCAUAUACAAGACAUAGAAGGAGAAAGGAUUGUUGAUGUCGAAUGCGGUCAAGAUCACAGUUUAAUUCUUACAGAAAAAGGAAAAGUGUACUCGUGUGGCUGGGGGGCAGAUGGACAAACAGGCUUAGGUCACUAUGAUAACACUACCGAGUUCACAAGAGUGAAAGGUGAUAUUGACAGUGAAAACAUAGUGAAGUUUGCAAGUCGUUCAGAUUUCGUCUUAGCUGUGAAUGACAAAGGACAAGUCUUUGGUUGGGGAAACACAGAAUAUGGCCAGCUGACAUUACCAGAUGGAAGCCAACAGGUAGCAGUGCCGACACAUGUGAGGAUGCUUGAACAAGUUGGCAAAAUUAAAAGUGUCGCAAGUGGUGGGUCUUUCUGUCUCGCUGUGAAUGAUGCAGGCCAAGUGUUCUCAUGGGGAUAUGGAUUGUUAGGAGUUGGUCCGAACGCUCAACAGUCAAGAGAGCCUAUACAUAUCCCAGAUACGUUGUUUGGCAGGAAUGAUUUUCAACCUAACAGCAGAGUAGAAGAGGUAGUUUGCGGUUUGUUUAAUGCAGCAGCUGUGACAAAUUUAGGAGAUUUGUUUGUAUGGGGUAGAAAUAAGAACUUUUGUCUUGGAUUAGGUGAUGAUAAGGACCAAUAUUUUCCAUUAAAAGUUGCACUGGGUGGAUUUGUUAACAAAAUGUAUUCUGGUGUUGACCAUAGUAUUGCUGUAUGUGAGCCUUUUGUGUAGGAUUAAAGUCUUGACAAUUUAAAAAUUGUUUUAUUUCUGUGUUGUUUUUA